AUGAUGCCAUCAAGAGUGAGACUGGCGUGCAGCUUGCUGUUGCUGGCCAUCGCCCUUCUGGGCGCCACCGAGGCCGCCCUCUUCUCCAAGAACUCAAAAGUCACCAUUCUCGACUCUGCCAACUUCAAGCGAGAAGUGCUCGACAUCGAGAAGCCAACCAUGGUCGCCUUUACCGCUCCCUGGUGCGGACACUGCCAGAAUCUCGUUCCCGACUACUCAAAGGUCGCUGCACAGCUGGAUGGAGUGGUCAAGCUCGCAUCGAUCGACUGUGACGACGACAAGAACAAGCCCACCUGUGGCAGAUACGGCAUUCAGGGAUUCCCUACACUCAAGCUCUUCCCUCCAACCAAGAAGCGUUUGCCAAAAGACUAUCAAGGCCCACGAACAGCCAAGGACAUCGCAGCUUACAUGGUCGAUGCUCUUCCGAUGGGUGCAAAAAAGCUGAAAGCUGAAGAGCUGCAGGAGUAUGCCGACAAAGAUGCCAGCACGCCCAAAGUGAUCCUCUUCUCCAAGAAGCCAACAAGCUCGCCGCUGUACAAGAGUCUGGCAUUGGACUUCCGCAAGAGUCUCUCUUUCGCCUUCUUGCGAGGAGAUCAACGACCAGUCCAGUCUGCGGCUCGCUUGCACUUGGGUGUGGAGGUCAGUGACGGCAAGCUUCCUCAUCUCAUUGUGGUUCCCUCUCGGCCAGAGGGUGAAGAACUCGACAAGAGUGCGAUCAAGGUCUACACUGGCCCUCUCAAGUACCACGAGCUCAAUGCUUGGAUCAAGGAGACCAUCCUAGAAGCCAAGUCCGGCAAGGUCAAGAAGCCUUCCGUCAAAGUGAUACCCAAAAAGAAGGCGGUCAAGCUUGACGAGAACAUCGAGGAUCUUCCAACGGGCGCCCAUCGCGAAUGGCGUGCAGAGAAGGAGAUGACGGAAGAGGAACAGCUCAAAAAGAUGGAAGACUUGGCUGAGAUGCUCAACACUGCCAUCAAGCAAGGUAACGAGUAUCGAGAGGCAGCUGCCAAAGAUGAAACCCCGGAAUCACCAAAGAAGGCGAAGGUUGAGAGCGACGCUGACACAUCUGCCCACAGCGAAGGCGAAGGCGAAGGCGAAGGCGAUGGCUCUUCUCACUCUUCCUCUUCCUCUUCCUCUUCCUCUUACUCCUCUAGCACCAACUCUGACGGUAAAACGACCACGGACCGUACCGCCUCCUACUCUUCUUCUGGCGACACUCCCGAUUCAGCCUCUUCCUACAAAGUCUCCUCACGCACCACUAGCGGCGAUGAGGACUCGAUCUCUCUCAAGGAGAAUCUCCAGCGCUGGUUGGAAGGCGAACAAGUCGACUGGUCCUCCGAGUACGCUUCGCAGUUCAAGGAAGCCCAAGGAGCCGCGGAAAAGCUAGUCAAACAUAGCCCGGAUCAAGCGGAACAGAUGGCGCUGAAAAGCGAAAAGUGGCUUGCAAAGUACCUCGUCUCGGAUGUAGAGAUGAUGAAGAUGGCUCGUGAUAAGGGUAACGAGGACUCCGCAGUGAGUGAUGAGAAGAUCGAAAGGGUUGAAAAGAUGUACAAAGAGAUCGUCAAGAGGAUCGAAGAGCGCGAGGCCAAGAUCAAGGAACGGGGUGCAAAGACCAUCGGAGAGGGAGAGAAGGAGGAAGGAGAAGCAGGUCACACAAGCCACGACGAGCUUUGA